CUCCCUUUUUAUAGCAGCCCACCCAACUUCGCUUCAACUCCUUUCCGAUGUGGGAAUGCUUAGCUGCACGCUAAGCCACUUUCCACGCUUCAAAGCGAGUCAAAAUUAAUCAACCAUCGUGAAAUUUCAAAUCGCGAAACAAAAUCUGGUUGAAAUUCAUACUUUCUUGCCUGUUCUUGAUGUACAGUACAAAAUUCAAAUUCACUGUUCUAUGCCUAUGACCCUUUACUUUUCCAUAGCUCCGGUGCAAAGGCCUCCUCCACUAAGACGAAGAUAUUAGUUUACCNUUUUUUUUUUUUUUUUUUUUUUUUUUUUGUAUAUAUAUAUAUAUACGCAUCCGCUUAAGCUCUUCUUCUUCUGGGAAUUCUGAUUUUUCUUCGACUUAGACGAAGAGUAUUAUGGCGGGUUAUAAAGGUCACGAUGAAUAUGAUUAUCUGUUUAAGCUGGUUUUGAUCGGUGAUUCAGGGGUGGGAAAAUCAAACCUGCUCUCGAGGUUUACGAAGAACCAAUUUAAUUUAGAAUCGAAGUCGACGAUUGGGGUUGAGUUUGCUACCAAGAAUUUGGAGAUCGAUGGGAAGGUAAUCAAGGCUCAGAUUUGGGAUACUGCUGGACAAGAAAGGUACCGAGCGAUAACCAGUGCUUACUACCGAGGAGCGGUAGGUGCUUUGCUUGUGUACGAUGUCACUCGACGACCAACAUUCGAGAACGCUGCAAGAUGGUUAAAGGAAUUGAGGAAUCACACAGACCCAAACAUGGUAGUGAUGCUCAUUGGCAACAAAUGCGAUUUACGACACCUCGUUCUCGUUCCAACCGAAGAUGGAAAAUCAUUUUCCGAGAUGGAGUCUUUAUACUUCAUGGAGACCUCUGCACUGGAUGCAACGAACGUCGAGAGUGCUUUCACGGAGGUGCUCUCUCAAAUAUAUCGCAUCGUGUGCAAGAGAUCAGUCGAGGCAGGCGACAGCGCAAGCGGUUCAACCCUUCCGUCGAAAGGCCAGACAAUAGAUGUCAAGGACGACUCGUCGGUUCUGAAGAGGAUUGGAUGUUGCUCCAGCUAAGUUAAAAGCUUCAAACAUUUACACAGAAAUACAGCAAGUGAUUACUUAUUUUGUAUAUUUGUAUCUCUUUUGUAGAAUAAGAGCAUGGUUGUGGUUGGUUGUGGUUU